AACGACAAGAACGCCCGCCAGGUCAAGCAGGUCGUGGUAGACAUUCUGGAUGUGAACGACAACGCCCCUCUUCUUCAGCCCUUUGAUGGAGCUGUCUUGGAGAACACAGACAGCACUCUUAUCACCACUAUUCAGGCUCUCGAUAAGGACACCUCUCCACGAUUCAGACAGCUGAUCUACUCCUUCGACGGCACAGCUUCCUCGGAUGUGAAGACCAAAUUUGCCCUCAAGACCAAUGGGGAGUUGUGGACCACUCAGCCUCUGGACCGAGAGGAGAAAAAACAGUACCGAAUUCCAAUACAAGUCACUGACGGAGUCCCAGAGCAUGAGAGGAUGACUAUCUACUGGAUAACUGUACAGGACCUCAACGAUGUGGCUCCGGUCCUAGACAACGCCCUGGGGGUGUAUGAAGUCCAGCUGCCUGAGAAUAGGGAGGUAGGAAAGCCGACGGGGAUACGACUCUUGAUCAAUGAUCCGGAUAUCGUGAAUCACUUCACCUAUCAGAUCGUUGACGGUAAUCAGGAAAGGAAGUUCCGGAUUGAUGCCUCUACAGGAGAUGUGUUAGUUAACAAGGCACUUGACUAUGAUCAUCCUGUGUUUGACAGAAAUUUCACUAUGCGUGUUCGGGUGAGCGACGGGAACAACGCCCCAGCGGAAGCAGACAUUAUAAUCGCCGUGGCCAACGUCAACGACCUUCAGCCGGUGUUCGAACAAGCCAAUUACACCUUCACCGUCACAGAGAACACUGACUGUUCCGUCGUGCUCGGCAAGGUAACAGCUCUGGAUCCUGAUCUCCCACCCUCGGCCAAUCAGAACAUCCUUUACUACCUGUCCCCUGCAGAACUCAGGAACUUCUCUAUUGGGGACCGAUCAGGCCAGCUCACGAUGAAGGGGUGCCUGGAUAGAGAGGCGGCGACCCGUGGCACCCUGACCUUGUACCCACGUGCCAACGACGAAGGGGGCAAAGGUCAUGAUGCUGACCCCGCCACUGUCCACGUUAUCAUCAAUGACCUCAAUGACAACUACCCCCACUUCAACAAGCCAGAGAACAACUACGCACGGAUCCUGGAGAACCUCGAACCCCAGUUUGUCGAGGCUGUUAUCAUCGAAUUGGGUGAUCUCGAUAGCGAGAUGAACGGCUGCCCGUGUUCACUUGAGUUCCAUGGACGAACUCCUAAGAAAGUGCUGGAGAAAUUCACACUCACGCCGAUGGGAGGGUCUCGGUACCGGCUGAGUCCCACAACGGUACUGGACCGGGAGCAACAGAAGGUGUACCGUUUACCGUUCACGGCCCGGGACAGCCGGGGUCUUGCCGGUACACGGUACCUCACUUUGGAAGUGGGAGAUGAGAAUGACUCUCCCAUGACUGGAGCCAGUACCAUCAAGGUGUAUAAUUAUCAGGGCCAGUUCCCAGCCAUGGUGGUGGGCUCGGUACACGUGACGGACGAAGAUGACCACGACAGACAGGACAAAACCUUCGAAGUGGACGCCAGCACAUCGCCAGAGGUCGCGGCGCGUUUCAAGGUCGAUCUCUACUCCGGUAACAUCACUAUGCUGAAAGGGACACCCGCCGGCACCCAUGUCUUGAGAGUCAAGGUGCACGACAACUUCCGACGAGAGAUGGCCGUCGGGCAAACUACCAUUAAUGUCGUUGACCUUACUCUGUCGGCCGUCAUGCAGUCUGGUUCCCUACGGAUUGCCAACACCACCACACACUCCAUACUGCAGCAGCGACAGCCGGGAGUGUCUGGGACAAGCCUAUACGAACGACUGAAGAAGCAAAUCGCGAGAAUCCACGACAUCUCAGAGACGCAGGUGGAUGUCUUCGCCCUGAAGGAUGUGGAGGGUGAGACUGCUGUGGACAUGAGGUACAACUGUCACGGCUCUCCGUACUACACCGCCGCCCGUCUAGACGGUGUCAUGCUUCGUAGGAGGAGACAGGUUUCGGAGGCUCUGGGCGUGGAGAUCUCUCUGGUGGAUAUCAAUGCGUGUCUUUAUGAAGCUACUUCUCCCUGCGGGACCCGAAGUUGUCAACACACCAUGCGGCCCAAUCUCACCUCUCCGCUCGUUGUCUCCGGCGACACGGCUACUGUCGUCGGGGUUGACAUCGCCGACGACUACGCUUGCGACUGUGGGGCUCUUGAACCCCUCCCGUCUGUCUGUUUCUCCGGGUUCUGUUUCAACGGUGGCACGUGUUCUGUUCGGAAUAAUACGUUGACAUGUAGUUGUCUCGAUGGUACUAACUACGGCCCGCGAUGCGAGCUUCUCACUGCAAGAUUCGAACGCGGCUUUGCUUGGUACGAACCCUUGACCGUUUGCAAUCAUUCGACCCUAUCCGUGACGUUCGAAACCAAUGAUGAGAGCGGGGUGCUUCUCUACACUGGACCUACGGUGCUAUCCCCAUGGCCAGAUUAUCCUCGGGACUUCCUGUACGUCGUCCUCCACUGCUGGAUAGUCGAGACUUUCCUCGACCUGGGGACGGGGACUCUCAACAUCUCCAUCCCGAUUGAGGAAAACACCGAACGGGCGUUCGAAUACAUCAUCACCUGGAACGAAGGUGGUGUCACCGCCGAAGUGAUUGAUUGCGGCAUCAACUCCACCCUGGAAGCCCUGGAACCGUGCAAGAAAACCGUCGCACUGCCAAGCCAAUCCAGCACCGCAAGCCACCUGCUCAACGUACAGGGACCGUUGCAAGUAGGAGGUGUAGCAGCGAUGGUCAGCUUCCCACAACUGGCUGCGUCGUACGACUGGACGCUUACCCCUCCGGCCAUCUUUCCCUUCAGCGGUUGUAUCCUCGAAGUCCGCCACAACGACCAUCUGUACGACCUCAACGCCACGGACUUCAGUAAGCAGACAUUUCAGCCUUGCGACGCGCCGAGGACAUCCAGAGUCGUUCUGGGACAGCAGUCAAUCAUCAUCAUACUUGCUAGUCUUCUCUGUCUCCUGCUGUUGGUGGCCGUGAUCCUGUGCCUGGCACGGAGGGGACGGAAGACCGUGUCCUACCCUGACCUGGACAGGGAACUCGUCAAGGAGACGAUGGGUGGAGCCGACGUCGAAGGCUUCGGGGAGAAGGAUGUCACCCACUUCGAUCUCAAGUUUCUUCAGGUUACGCCUGAUGGGUACCUUGUUGGUGAUGAGGACACGGAAGCUGCACUCCCAGACGUCGCCCAAGAUGCCUGCCAGAGACUUGCCGCUCCAUUGGCUGAGAUGCCUGAGGGUCUAAGCAUCGGGGACUUCAUUAAAGAAAAUAUUCUUAAGGUGGACCAGUGCCACCAGGAUGUUGAUGAUGUUCGGCACUACGGUGCCCAAGGAGACGAGAUGUCAGCGGCCUCUCUCUCCUCCCUGGCCUCAG